AUUGACAAUUCAUUUUCACUGAAGAGGGAAACGGUGGCCCUUGGAAAAGUAGGUCGUCAGUAUUGAUUUUUACUUAAUAUUCGACAAACAAAGACGAAAACGCCCCGAGCCGCAAACAGCAUCGCAGCUCCGCGUCGGAACGACGCCCGACAAGAUGCCAGACGAUAUCAGCCCGACGGUCGAGAACGUUCGCGUUGUAGUGCGCGUGCGUCCUAUGGACCAGCGAGAGAGGCUGGAUGGGGCUGCGGGCUGUGUUUCAGUCGACGCUGUGCACGGGACGAUAGCGGUCACUAGAAGCAACACUACAUCCCCGGAGCCCCCAAGGAUAUAUGCCUACGAUGCGGUCUUCGACAGCGACACCAGCCAGAUGGACAUCUAUAUCCAGACGGCUAGCCCCAUCGUGGAGCAAGUCCUCCGAGGGUACAAUGGAACGAUCUUCGCCUAUGGCCAGACUGGCACGGGCAAGACGUACACCAUGGCCGGUAGCAACUCAGCACCAGAGCUGCGUGGGAUCAUACCGAACUCAUUCGCUCAUAUAUUCAGUCAUAUCGCGAAAUCCAAGGACGAUGAGAAGUUUCUGGUGUGUGUGACGUAUCUGGAAAUUUAUAACGAGGAGGUCCGCGACCUUCUUGGGAACAACCCUCACCAGAGCCUCGAGGUCAAGGAGCGGCCGGACAUCGGCGUGUUCGUUAAAGAUCUCACUGGGUACGUGGUCCACAACGCUGACGAGCUGGAGAAGAUCAUGGCUGUGGGCAAUAAGAAUAGGCACAUCGGCGCCACGGCCAUGAACAUAGAAAGUUCUAGAAGCCACGCUAUCUUUUCUAUAACUGUAGAGAACAGCAAGCGUGGUGCGGACGGCAAGAUGCAUGUCAAGAUGGGGAAAUUGCACCUUGUUGACCUUGCUGGUUCUGAACGCCAGAGUAAGACCCAAGCUACAGGAACACGUCUGAAGGAAGCUACCAAAAUCAACCAGUCACUGUCGGUACUUGGUAACGUGAUAUCAGCGCUGGUGGAUGGCAAGUCGACGCAUAUUCCAUACAGGAACUCCAAGCUGACCAGACUACUGCAGGAUUCUUUGGGCGGAAACUCCAAAACAGUAAUGAUAGCGACAGUGGGACCGGCGGAGACGAAUUACGUAGAGACCAUCAGCACGCUGCGUUACGCGAACAGAGCCAAGAACAUCGAGAACAAGACUCACGUGAACAGCGAGCCGGGGGACGCCUUACUCACCAGGUUCCAACAAGAAAUAGAUCAACUCAAAAAGCAAUUGGAGGAGAACACGAACGAGCCAGAAGAAGAGGGUGAAGAGGAACUGUCAGAGUUAUCAGACGACACCCUCACAGACUCCGAGCUGGAUGCACUGGAUCCGGAAGAAAAGAAGAUGGAGAAGAGACUCAGGAGAGAAGAGAAGGAGAAACUAAACCAGGAGAAGGUGCAUCAAGCCAGGAAGGUUCUCGAGGAGAAGAAGGCGGAACUGCAACGAACCAAGAAGCAGCAGGAGGAGUUACGGGACAAGCUGCAACGCCUGGAGUCCAAGGUUCUGGUGGGCGGCGAGAACCUUCUGGAUAAGGCUGACUGUCAGAGAAGACUGCUGGAAACAGCUGCCAAAGAGCUGGAAGCGCGAGCGAGGAACGAACAACGGCUGAGGGACGACUUGCAGAAGAAGGAGGCGGAACGCUUAGACCUGGAGGAGCGCUACUCCAGCUUGCAGGAGGAGAACACGGCUAAGACACGCAAACUGAAGCGAGCGGUCCAACUGUUGAACUCAGCGAAGGCCGAGCUGGCCGACCAGCAGAGGGAACAACAGAGAGAGAUGGAGGGGAUCCUGGACGGAGUGAGGGCGCUGCGGAGAGAGCUGCAGUUGGCGGAGCUGGUGCUGGACGCGUACAUACCUAGGGAGUACCAGGCGUUGAUUGAGCAAUAUGUCCACUGGAACGAACAGCUGGGAGAAUGGCAGGUCAGAUGUGUGGCUUACACCGGAAACAAUAUGGCGCCCGGGCCACCAGCCGCCAAGAGCCAUCAUCACGAGCCGCCUGAUCUGUCUGAUCGUUACCUCUCGUACGCGUCUCUGUCCGGCCGAGGGUCCCGCCUAGCGCGCGCCGCCUCCGCCGUGCCCAGACCUCACACCGCGCUACGGCAGAGACAGUGAACGGACAACAUACAUACGCACUAUACAUACAUACACCCACACACACACACACACGCACACCCACACGCACACAAACACACACAUACACACUAUACAUCCAUACACACUGACAUAUAUGCAUACAUAAACAUACACGCUCCUACAUACACUCACACACACAUAUUAACACUAUAAAUGCAUACAUACACACACACACACACUAUACAUACGUACACUCACAGAAACACCAACACACACAUGACCGUGCAAGCUCAAAAACACUACAAGCUGGCAUCGUCACUCUACAUACGCGGCGAUCUGGUUAUCUUAAAGAAUCAACGUAGGAGUACGAACGAAACUCGAUUCUGUCGGUAUUUAGUCUGACCGCACACUUGUAGUAAGAACACUGAAAAUAAAUAUGUAUGACCUUAUAUAUGAAUAGUUGGCUUUAGAAUAUAUGAUUUUUUACCAUUACACCGAAAAAAAAAAUGCUUUUGAUUGAAAUACACAGAUAUAUGUACGCUGAUUUUAUAAAUAUAUAAAUAUAUAUAUAUAUAUAUAUAUUAUCUGUUACAGCUUAAAACGAUUAACGUACUUUUUAGAUGUAAAAUAUAACUGAAGAAUAGAUAACAAUCUAUGACUAUACUUGUAUAAACACAGAAUAUAACCAGGUUUACGUACGAUGUACGCACUAACAUCAUGUAAUCUUCAAUAAAGUUAUUUGUCCUAUUAAUAAAGAAUUGCUUACCUCCAGAUUAUAAAUUAACAAUCACAAUUAUUUUAGCUUCACAUUUAACACACUAAAGAUCUCAUUACGUAUAAGUUCGUUUCCUUGCUUUUGUUAUUUAUGCUAGUCACAUUCCAAGUAUUAAUAUUGUAACCACAUUUAGGUAUAUUUUAAACUUUUUAGUUAAUUUUCAGUUUUCGGUUUUGUGAUUUUUGUUGUGAUAUGCAUUUUAAAUUAUACAUUUUAUAUAU